AUGGGUUCCAACGAACCCGCUGCGCAAGGAGAGUGGACUCCAUGGACAGUUCUAUCGACUAUCCCUCAUCCCAUCGAAGAAAACAGCUCCUCCCCAGUCCCAUUCUUCCAUCUUUUGGAGCGCCUCAAGACCACCAAGCGCGAAGGCUGGCGUCGCUUUGGUCUAGACUGCGCCGAGUCGAUUUCAGAUCACAUGUACCGCAUGGCCAUCAUUACUAUGCUCGCUCCUCCAUCCUUAUCCUCGCGACUGAAUGUUCCGCACUGCACAAAAAUGGCCCUGAUCCACGACAUGGCCGAGUCCCUAGUCGGCGAUAUCACCCCCGUCGAUAAAUCCGUAUCCAAGACCGAAAAGGCGCGACGUGAGGGAGCAACGAUGGACUACAUCGAAUCGACUCUAUUGCGAAACGUGCCCGGAGGCACGCUUUCCGGCGGAGAAAUCAGGCGCAUAUUCCAGGAAUACGAGGACAACCAGACCCUCGAAGCGCAGUUCGUCCAUGACGUCGACAAAGUCGAACUUCUCCUGCAAAUGGUCGAAUACGAACGCGAACACGGCAAGGAUCUCUCCGAAUUCGCACACGUGGCGAGUCGCAUUACGUUGCCAGAAGUCAAGCAAUGGGCCGACGCGGUCAUGAAGGAGAGGCAACACGUUUGGAAUAAGGCGUAG